AUGUGGACUCCCGAGAUUCCUCCAGCGCCAAACCCCAAUCCCAAAAAUGACCUAAAUAAGUCUCCCCAGGAACUCGUCAGCGAGUUCUGGGACAAGUUCAUAGCAAAGAACCCUGGCAAAGUCACCACAAUCUUUCCCCACAGCCUAUAUGCCAAUAUCCUCCCCCCGCUUCAAGAAAAGGGAGCAUCGUCCGCUCGUAACGCAGCGGAAAGCUACGAGGCCGCAGCCAAACAAUGCAGAGAGCAAGUCUGGCGUAUCGUACGCGAGUGCAGGCGCACGAACGAGAAAUUCGCAGAUCCCGACUUUGAUAUUGAAAGUGAUAAGAAUCUAUGUCUGUGGAAUUGUCUUCGCGGGCUUCUUCGAGGUGAUGGCGAAGGUAGCGAGCAAGACUCAAGUUCGGGGUCUUCGUCUGAUGAUGAUGAGAACGUUGACGUUCCUGGGUCAGUUCACAGAAUCGACUGGAUCUUCGAACGUCCUCAAUUCACCAUUGAUGGGUAUUCGAAUACGGAUAUCAAGCAGGGUGCGAAUGGUGACUGCUGGUGGCUUGCGGCAGUGGCGACGAUCUGUAAUCGGCAGGACUUGAUGGAGAAGAUAUGCAUUGCGCGGGAUGCGGAGUGCGGAGUAUACGGAUUCGUUUUCUACCGGGAUGGAGAGUGGGUGACUACGGUUGUGGACGAUAAUCUGUACUUGAACCAUGAAGACUUUGACUACUAUGGCGACCGAUAUGACAGCACGGGCAAGAGAGCGCGAAAAUACAAAAAGCUCUAUCAAACAGGCUCCGAAGCUCUCUACUUCGCCAAAUGUUCCGACCCAAAUGAGACCUGGUUGCCGUUGCUGGAAAAGGCCUAUGCCAAGGUCCAUGGAGACUAUGAAUCCCUCUCUGGUGGCUGGUCUGGAGAGGCUGUUGAAGAUAUGACUGGAGGGGUUACGACGACUAUCGCGACGAACAGAGUUCUAAACAAGAACAAACUAUGGAAAGAGCUUGUAAACUCGGAAAAGAACUUUGUCUUUGCGGCCUCGACACUUGGAACAGGUUGGGAUUGGACGAGAGGUGGUUUAGCCCUAGGACACGCCUAUUCGAUUCUCCGUGCUACCGAGGAGGUAGACGAGGAAGGAAAUAAAGUGAGGCUGGUACUGAUCAGAAAUCCUUGGGGUGAAAGAGAUAGACGCGGUAUAGGUGAGUGGAACGGGCCAUGGAGUGAUGGCUCAAGAGAGUGGACACCUUACUGGCUCCAAAAACUCCAGCACAGAUUUGGGGAUGAUGGCAUAUUUUGGAUGGCAUAUGAGGAUAUGUUAUCAACAUUUGUGUUCCUCCAUCGUACUAGGAUCUUCGACGAGAAGUGGACCGUAGUCCAGCGGUGGACGAGCGUCAGUGUCCCCUGGGUGACAGGCUACCUUCAAACAAAGUUCCUGGUUGAGAUCAAGAAAGCUGGUCCGGUUAUUUUUGUGCUUUCUCAGCUUGAUAAACGUUAUUUCAGAGGCCUUGAAGGGCAAUACGAAUUCUCACUACACUUCCUCCUACAAGAGGAGAAUGCAAAACCUGGAGAACAUAUAGGACUAGUUCGACCAGCUCACUCCAGGGAAUAUCGGUCUAUCAGUGCGGAGGUUGAACUCGAGCCUGGGAAGUACGAAGUUUUGCCCAAGAUUCUCGCAACCAGAGACUCCAAGAAGAAGAUGGUAGAACAUGUGGUAAAGGAUUUAGCGGAGGAAAAUCCCCAGAAAUUGAAGCAGGUCGGCAUGAAUUACGAUCUGGCAAAUGCAAAAGGGGUUUCUUCCGAAGAAUAUCCGAAAAAGGUAAGUAGUGAUGCUGAAGAAAACAAAAAAGAUACAUGUUCGCAAGACAAAGAUAAGAAUAAAAGAGAUCAAAUAGAAGACAAGGCUGUCAAAGACCAAAAGGAGAAUGACACUAAGAAACAGAAUAAUGGCAAAUCUGUUCUUGAAAUGGAAUUUGCCCCUUUAGAGAUCCUGGAUGGCUUCCGGGUUAACAAGAAGGGACAGGUUCUCAAUGAAGAUGGGGAACCUAUUGGGGAACUCAAAGAGGGAGAUCUUAUGAGUUGCACCGGCAAGAAAAUCACAAGAGGAGAGGUGCGCGACACAGACGGCCGAAUUGUUGGCCAAGCCAGGACUCUACUUCGGCCAGUCGGCAAGCCAGUCGACAACGCUCCCAAUGAGUCCACGGUCGUUAAAAAUGACGAACCUGAGGAUGAGAAGAAGUACGAGGCAACGGAUGAGAAGCUCCCUGGCGCGAAAGAUGGGAAGGAGGAUGAUACAAUCAAAAAAGAUGGGGAUGAGGAAGUUUGCCACCCGAAAAACGAGUCUCAGUCAUCUGAAACGGACGACAAUGCACCUCCCCCAUGGAAUGCAAUCUGCGUGAUUGGCAUGCGAGUCUAUGCAAAGGACUCUGAAGUCGCCAUCGAGCUCGUGAAGCCGAAAGAUCCUAAAGACGCCAUUCUCGACGUGGAGGGAGCUCCUAUGUAA